UUUCUUCUGAAAAGCAUCAGAAUCUAAAGGUCUGACAUUGGUACAUAGCUUAAAAAGGAUGGAUUAUUACAGAAAUUCUACUAAUGAAAUGGUUAUUUGUCCGUAUGACAAAACACAUGUCAUAAGGAAAGAAAGGCUGUCCGGGCACUUAAUUAAAUGUGCUAGAAAUAAUAAAACUGUGACCAGAAACUUUUCCUCCUGCGAGUUUAACCAUAGUCACAAAAUUAAAAGGGGUGAUGGUAGUGACCAUUACAAAUACUGUGAGGACAAACGGCGGUUUGAUGGUUGGUUGGAGAGGGAUUUAACCUGUUCUAAAAAAGGCAACACCUCCCUUCCUAAAUAUGAGGAUGUCAAUAUUAGUAAUGAUGAUAAUUGGGAUGAGGAACUGGAACCCUUUUACAGUAAAAACUUUUUGGGACUAGUUUCAGAUAUUAAAAAAAACUUUGAAAACGUUUGUAUGAAAAAGGGGAACACUUCUCUCCCAACUUAUAAUGAAGUUGAAAUAUCCUCCGGGGAAAACUGGGAUGAGGAGUUAAUGUUCUGA